AUGCUCGCUCGCGCACCACUUUCCUUGCGUGCACAAGUUGUACGUGCUCGUGCUGUCCCUUCUGCACGCUUUGUGCAUGGCCAUGGUGAAUAUCAUCAUUUGCCCUUCGCGUGGCCCGGAAAGAAACGAGUAUCAUUCGGUAUCAAGCUUACUGCUUUCCUGGUAACAGGAUUCAGCAUUCCUUUCGUGGCUGCCAAAUUUCAAUUAAACAAGUCUGCAACAUAG